UGAAAUUGCUGUGGCUACUGAACGGGGGAAGGGAAGCUGAGAUUGGAGGGAGAAACAAUCAGAAACUCAGAUACUGCGUGCCUCCUCCUCAGGAGUUGGCCCAGACAAGAACUUUUCUACAUGACCCUUAUCACGGUUCCCUUUUUUGGCUUCUCUGCUGCAGCAGAGCUCAUACAGUAACACAGCUUCUGAUAAACUGCACUUGUUCUGGAUGCCAGAAUCAUGAAAAUUCUUGGAUGGGGAGAGCCCAGCCCUGAGAAGCAGCAACAUCAUGCAGCUUCAGUUUGCCUGUGGUGGGGUUGAGGAGUGGGGUUGAGCUGUAGAGGAGAGGAAGGGGGCAGGGUUUCAUCGCACUAUACACUGAUUUUGAGAAGAUCUCGUCGACUUACGUACGCACUUUUCUUCCCAGUCAAGGCCUAUAACACCACUCAACCUCGGCUGCCGAAGCAAGAACAAGACGAUCCUGACGGCAUGGAUCUCAAUGACAUUUCUGUGAAAUCUGGCUGUUGACAUUAAGAUCUCUGUGCAUGUGAGGAGAACAUGAGAAAAGCAUAGAAACUUUUGGUCCCUACAGAUGUGCUCUUCAGAAACCAUGCUGGUCUUUGCUGUGGCUCCCCAGCCCAUCUCCUUUCAUGACCUCAGAAAUCUUUAGAGGCCACGAUCAGGAACAACAUCAACAGCAAACACGAUUACGUGCAAUGGAAGACAACAUUGACGUCACAUCACACACAGAGGGUCUGAAUGGUUUGUCACAUGAACGUAAGCCUGUAGAGGAGAUCACCAAUGGACAUUCCACCUUUAAGCCUGUCAUUAAUGGAGUGGCUAUAGGUCACAAUGGUAAAGACUACACUAAUGGCAGUGCGCCUUUCGGAUCUCUGCCGAUUUCAGCGCUGAAGCAAAAUGGCCUUCUGCAGACCCUGGCAGCAGGUGGAGAUGAGCCCACUUCAACAGAAGAGCGAGAAGAUGCCGAGCUGGAAAAGGCCAGGCAGGAGUGGGACGCUCUAGAUAACAUCCAACCAGCUCUAACUGAGGACUCGAACCCAACCCCACUCAUCUCUUUCAAUGAAGCCCUGCAGUACUUCCAGACCACAGACCUUGGAGACUUGCUGAAGAACAUCCAGCCAACUAUACGCAGGACCGGACUGGCUGCGAUUGCCCAUUUCCUGUUCGGACCUCCUCGAAUGCACAGGGAGCUCCUGGAGGAGAGGGAUCUUGUAUUUGCCAUUGCACAGUGUCCUGUGGAUAACAUCCAAACAGUCCACAUGCGUGUCCUGCAGACCAUAUAUAAAAGGCUGAUUGGAACCAGGCUGGACUGUCCUCGGUACGGUUCACACUGGGAAAACGUCGGCUUUCAGGGUACAGACCCAGCCACUGACCUACGUGGCACCGGGUUUCUUGGACUGAUGCACACUCUGUACUUUGUGAUGGACCCAGAAACUCUCCCGUUGGCGAGAGACAUCUACAAGCUGUCACAGCAUCCAACACAGAACUUUCCAUUCUGUGUGAUGUCGAUCAACAUGACCCGCAUUGCUUUGCAGGUCCUGAGAGAGGAGGCCCUGUCCAAGGAGUGUAAUCGUCGUCAACAAGUGGUGGGCGUGUUGAAUGAGUUUUAUGUUGCCACAUUUCUCCACGUCUACCAGCUGUGGAAGAACCAACAGAAGACAAUUGCUGACUCUGGCUUUGUACUAAAAGAAGUGGAGCUGUUUGCCAAAAAGAACCCCAAGCAGAUGCUGCGCCGACUAGAGGUCUUCCUUAAAGAGAGGCAGGCAGGUGGAGUCCCCCGUGGGACAUCACCAGACCCUCAGGCCCCACAGCCUUCUCCCAGCUUGGGGGAGAGAGGAGCUAAAGCUGGCAUGGGACAGGGAAGCAGGGGAAAGGAGAUGCACUUCACGGGAGUGUGUGAUCUUCCACCAGACAUGGAGGGAGAGGCCAGACUUAUCUAAGCUAGAGUGUGUGUAUGUGUGUGCACGUGUGUGUGUGUGUGUGUGUGUGUGUGUGUGUGUGUGUGUGUGUGUGUUCCUGUCUUGGCAUCAGAGUGAGAACCAUUUUCCCGAUUUCACCAUCAAAUUGAG